CUUCUGAUACUAUUUAUUUAGAAGUUUUAAUAUAGAUACUUUGUUAUAUCUAUAUUAAAUGAAGUAAAAAUGAGUGAAGCCCCCAGAUUCUUUGUUGGGCCUGAAGAUACAGAAAUAAACCCUGGAAGUUAUCGACAUUUCUUCCACCAUGCAGAUGACGAUGAUGAUGAGGAAGAUGAUUCUCCACCAGAAAGGCAGAUUGUGGUUGGAAUAUGUUCCAUGGCAAAGAAAUCCAAAUCCAAACCAAUGAAGGAAAUUCUGGAACGGAUCUCCUUAUUUAAAUAUAUCACAGUAGUAGUAUUUGAAGAGGAAGUUAUUUUGAAUGAACCAGUGGAAAACUGGCCUUUAUGUGAUUGUCUUAUUUCUUUCCAUUCUAAAGGAUUUCCACUGGACAAAGCAGUUGCCUAUGCAAAACUCAGGAAUCCAUUUGUAAUCAAUGACUUGAAUAUGCAGUAUCUCAUACAAGAUAGGAGAGAAGUAUAUAGUAUUCUUCAAGCAGAAGGUAUUUUACUUCCUCGUUAUGCAAUUUUGAACCGUGAUCCAAAUAAUCCCAAAGAAUGCAAUCUGAUUGAAGGGGAAGACCAUGUAGAAGUAAAUGGAGAAGUUUUCCAAAAGCCAUUUGUAGAAAAACCAGUCAGUGCAGAAGAUCACAAUGUUUACAUUUAUUAUCCAACAUCUGCUGGAGGUGGAAGUCAAAGACUCUUUAGAAAGAUUGGCAGUAGAAGUAGUGUAUACUCCCCUGAAAGCAAUGUACGAAAAACAGGUUCAUAUAUAUAUGAAGAGUUUAUGCCCACAGAUGGUACUGAUGUUAAGGUUUACACAGUUGGUCCAGAUUAUGCUCAUGCUGAAGCUCGAAAAUCUCCAGCACUUGAUGGCAAGGUGGAACGAGAUAGUGAAGGAAAAGAAGUAAGAUACCCUGUUAUUCUCAAUGCACGAGAGAAAUUAAUUGCUUGGAAAGUCUGCCUUGCUUUUAAGCAAACAGUUUGUGGCUUUGAUUUGUUACGAGCCAAUGGACAGUCCUAUGUGUGUGAUGUCAAUGGCUUCAGUUUUGUGAAAAAUUCCAUGAAGUAUUAUGAUGAUUGUGCAAAAAUACUUGGAAAUAUUGUAAUGAGAGAGCUUGCUCCACAAUUUCAUAUCCCCUGGUCAAUACCAUUGGAAGCUGAAGAUAUUCCAAUUGUACCAACUACAUCUGGAACUAUGAUGGAACUUAGAUGUGUCAUAGCUGUCAUACGUCAUGGGGAUCGAACCCCAAAACAAAAAAUGAAAAUGGAAGUGAGGCAUCAAAAAUUUUUUGAUCUUUUUGAAAAGUGUGAUGGAUAUAAAUCGGGGAAGUUAAAACUCAAAAAGCCAAAACAAUUACAGGAAGUGCUGGAUAUUGCACGACAACUUCUUAUGGAGCUAGGGCAAAAUAAUGAUUCUGAAAUUGAGGAAAACAAAUCAAAGCUUGAACAACUUAAGACUGUAUUGGAGAUGUAUGGUCAUUUUUCUGGAAUAAACCGUAAGGUCCAAUUAACCUAUCUCCCUCAUGGUUGUCCUAAAACAUCUAGCGAAGAGGAAGAUAGCCGAAGGGAAGAGCCAUCCUUACUUUUGGUUUUGAAAUGGGGAGGAGAAUUAACACCUGCAGGCAGAGUCCAGGCUGAAGAACUUGGAAGAGCUUUCAGGUGUAUGUAUCCUGGAGGUCAAGGAGAUUAUGCAGGAUUUCCUGGUUGUGGUUUGCUUCGAUUACAUAGUACCUACCGACAUGACCUCAAAAUAUAUGCCUCUGAUGAAGGACGAGUUCAGAUGACUGCAGCAGCUUUUGCAAAGGGUCUGUUGGCUUUAGAAGGGGAGCUUACACCCAUUCUUGUUCAGAUGGUGAAAAGUGCAAAUAUGAAUGGUCUUUUGGAUAGUGAUAGUGACUCUUUAAGCAGUUGUCAACAACGUGUGAAAGCAAGACUUCAUGAAAUACUUCAGAAAGACAGAGAUUUUACUGCUGAAGAUUAUGAAAAGCUUACUCCAUCUGGAAGCAUUUCUCUUAUCAAAUCAAUGCAUUUAAUUAAAAAUCCUGUGAAGACCUGUGACAAAGUUUAUUCUUUGAUUCAAAGUUUGACUUCUCAAAUCAGACAUCGUAUGGAAGACCCCAAAUCAUCAGAUAUUCAGCUUUACCAUAGUGAAACAUUGGAGCUUAUGUUACGUCGAUGGUCCAAGUUGGAGAAAGACUUUAAAACAAAAAAUGGACGAUAUGAUAUUAGUAAGAUCCCUGACAUAUAUGACUGUAUAAAAUAUGAUGUCCAGCAUAAUGGUUCCUUGCAAUUAGAAAAUACAAUGGAAUUAUAUAGGCUUUCAAAGGCAUUAGCAGACAUUGUUAUCCCUCAGGAAUAUGGUAUAACUAAAGCUGAAAAACUGGAGAUUGCCAAAGGUUACUGUACUCCUCUAGUUAGAAAAAUUCGCUCAGACCUUCAGAGGACACAAGAUGAUGACACUGUAAAUAAACUCCAUCCUGUGUAUUCCAGAGGUGUUCUAUCUCCUGAACGUCAUGUCCGUACCAGGUUAUAUUUUACCAGUGAAAGUCAUGUACAUUCUUUAUUAUCUAUUCUUCGCUAUGGUGCCUUAUGCAACGAAUCAAAGGAUGAACAGUGGAAAAGAGCCAUGGAUUAUUUAAAUGUUGUCAAUGAACUCAACUACAUGACUCAGAUUGUUAUCAUGCUUUAUGAGGAUCCUAACAAGGAUCUUUCCUCAGAGGAACGCUUUCAUGUUGAAUUACACUUCAGUCCAGGAGCCAAAGGCUGUGAAGAAGACAAAAAUUUACCUUCUGGCUAUGGAUAUAGACCUGCUUCUAGAGAGAAUGAAGGCAGAAGAUCUUUUAAAAUUGAUAAUGAUGACGAACCACAUACUUCUAAAAGAGAUGAGAUUGAUCGAGCUGUGAUACUAUUUAAACCAAUGGUAUCAGAGCCAAUUCACAUACACAGGAAGUCUCCACUCCCACGAUCUAGAAAGAUGGCUACGAAUGAAGAAGAGAGCCCCCUGAGUGUGUCUAGCCCAGAGGGUACUGGUACCUGGCUGCAUUAUACCAGUGGUGUGGGUACUGGGCGUCGAAGACGCAGAUCAGGGGAACAAAUCACUUCUUCCCCUGUCUCCCCCAAAUCAUUGGCUUUCACAUCCAGUAUUUUUGGCUCAUGGCAACAGGUUGUAUCUGAAAACACUAAUUACCUUCGAACACCAAGAGCUCUUGUGGAACAGAAACAAAACCCUACUGUAGGGUCUCACUGUGCGGGCCUGUUUAGCACCUCGGUGCUCGGGGGUUCUUCAAGCGCACCUAACCUACAGGAUUAUGCUCGUACUCAUCGUAAAAAGCUGACCUCUUCUGGCUGCAUAGAUGACGCCACACGCGGUUCUGCUGUUAAAAGGUUUUCUAUCUCAUUUGCUCGACACCCAACCAAUGGCUUUGAAUUAUACUCCAUGGUGCCAUCUAUUUGCCCUCUGGAAACUCUUCACAAUGCCCUAUCUUUAAAGCAGGUGGAUGAAUUUCUUGCAUCUAUUGCUUCACCAUCAAAUGAAGUUCUAAGGAAGACCCCUGAAGUCUUUUCUGCCUCACGUACCAGUCCAGCAAUGAGAAGAAAAGUAUCUUUAAAUACAUACACACCUGCAAAGAUCCUCCCAACUCCACCGGCUACCUUAAAGAGUACUAAAGCAAGCAGCAAACCAGCUAACAGUGGACCUUCUAAUGCAGUUGUUGCUAAUACCUCAUCUCGGAAAAAGAGUGUAAAUGUAAAUAGCACAACAGAAGUGCAUGAACACAAAAAAAACACUGGGAAAAAGAAAUGAAAUCUUAGCAAAAACUGGAACUUCUUAUACUUAGAAAAGUCACUUGUUGUAUAGAAAAAGAAAUGUCAUAAGCCUUGACUGAAAGCUAUCAAAGCAAGUAAUUUAUGUUUUUUCUUAAACAUCUCUGUAUUUGUUUAAAAAUGUUUUAAAUCUAGAGUUCUUUGUUUAUAUUUAGGUAAGGUAUUUUUGUUAUGAACUGGGAAUGUUUAAAAUACUGUUUAUUAGCAUUCUGUGAGUAGCAAAAAUUGUCAUAAAUGUCUGUUGUUAUUAAUAUGAUGUUUACCAUGUGCCUGUGGUAAAGAAAAAGAACAUAAAAGCUCAGCUGGCCUGUACCAAAGUAAAGAGUCUGAUGAGUGGCCUCUGUCCAUACUUGUGUUCUCACUGAAUUACAUGUUAGUGUAAAAAAAAAAAAAAAAAAAAAAAAACUUGGGUUGAAAUUUGACAGACAAGAUUACAUAAUGGAACUUUUUGAAGAAUGUAUUUCCAAAGAGAUCGCAUUGAUCAUUUACAUUAGAAAUUUUCUCUUAAUUGUUAGUGACAUAUAUAUUGACUGGAGUAUUAACACAUGGGAUAUUUUUUUCAAGCUGUGCUUUGAAUUUUUUAUUAUGUUAUUUAAAAUGUUACAAUACAUAUACAAUUGGGAGAAUUUCAUCUUUAUGCACAUAAGUUUUUAUAUUAAUUUGUAGAAACUAUUUUCUUUAUGUAUGUCCUUACCAUAAAAGAUGCUUUGUUCAUCAAGAAAAUUUCUGUUUUAUAUACUGGCAGGAAAGGCAACUUUAGAUUUUCUUUUCAAGAUCUAUAGCUGAGAAAUUUAUAAGUAUUAUGCUUAUUUUGAAAUUAUUUUUAGAACUAAAGAGCUCAAGAAUAGAAAUUCUCAAUGUUAAAUUGAAUUGUAUUAAGUUAGUAGGUAUUAUGAACAGAGUCUCUUUUUUAUCAUUUCCAUUCAUAUGUUGGUUGUACCUGUGGAUGUCACUGAGAAAGUUUAAAGAUUGCACAUUUGAAAUAAAUGCUCUUUACAAAUAGUUAGAUUUUAAAGGGAAAAUGAGAUCAUCGUGCUGUGAUUUUACCUAGGAUGUGAGAAAAAAUUAUUAUCCUUGGUGCUUUUUUCCCUUGCUGCACAAAUAAUUGUGAACUAUUUUAAGUGACUUAAACUGUAAACCAAACAGUACAACCUGCUAAGACAACUCUGCAUUGCAAGUUAUGUAACUAAGAUUGCUAAAGCUUUAGAUGAAAGCUAAAGAAUUGUUGGAUUCUCAUUAUAUGAAUACAAUAAUUAUAACCUUUCAGAAGAGAUUGUUCUAACCUGAAAACAUUAUCUAUGAACUGAAUUUUAGAAAAUAAGUACCAAAUGCAAAAAUUGUGAAUCUAUUGAAGUUAAUAAGUUCAUAUACUCCACAUGAAUGUAAGUGUGUUAUAUGGAGAUUUGUUUUGUAAACAGUUGAAUGUACCUAAGUUUUCUGUAUGUGAAAAUGUGGUUAAUGUGCUUAUUACGGGGAUAAGUAAACUUUCAUUUUUUAAAUGGAA